AUGAGCGGCAAGGUUGGGCCUCGACACUUGACACCAUCAAAUGCCAGCCGGCCAGGGCUGCUUUCGAGACUCGAGACUCGACACUCGAGCCAGAUCAGGGGCUUGAAAGCUGGGCCAGACUUUUGCGCGGCAAUGGUUGAUGGCGGCUAUGCUGCAGCACCCGUCUCAGCAGCUAUUAUUAUUAAUUAUGCCUUUCCCACGUCGACGUGGUUCGCAAAGUCUGGCGAGAAAAACAAAACAAACCGCCGCCGUGAGGGAGGAACGCCCGAUCCAAGGCCACCCCCAAGGAGCUCCCUGACCCGUGAACGAGCACAAGGUCUGGAUGACCCGGCCAAGGGCAAUCGCUUGCUCGACGGCGCCACCAAGGAAAACGACUAG